UUUUCAAUUAAAAAGAUGGGUAAACCUGGAUUUUCUCCUCGUGGUGGUGGUGGCGGUGGCGGAGGUUUUGGCGGCCGCGGUAAUGGCCGGGGAGGAGGGGGACGUGGCGGUUUUGGUGGUGGACGAGGUGGUGGCGGUGGACGUGGUGGUGGUGGCAGAGGCGGAGGCGAUCGUGGUAGAGGUGGAGGCGGCCGUGGUUUUGGUGGUCGUGGUGGUGGUCGCGGAGGCCGUGGGGGUGGCGGCGGCGGAGGUGGACGUGGUGGUGGUUUCAAAGGCGGUAAAACUGUCGUUAUUGAACCUCAUCGUCAUGAGGGUGUCUUCAUAGCACGCGGUAAGGAAGACGCAUUAGUAACUCGAAAUUUUGUACCUGGUUCAGAAGUAUAUGGUGAGAAACGCAUAUCGGUAGAAACUAACGGGGAAAAAAUAGAAUAUAGAGUUUGGAAUCCUUUCCGCUCAAAAUUGGCAGCCGCUAUUUUGGGCGGAGUGGAUAAAAUUCAUAUGAGCCCUGGUAGCAAAAUUCUGUAUUUGGGUGCUGCAUCUGGUACUACGGUCUCACAUGUCUCCGAUAUCGUUGGGCCAGAGGGUCUUGUAUAUGCUGUAGAAUUUUCACACAGAUCCGGCCGGGAUCUUAUUAAUGUGGCCAAGAAACGUACAAACAUUAUCCCAAUAAUCGAAGAUGCCCGCCAUCCCCAUAAAUACCGUAUGUUGGUGGGUAUGGUCGACACCAUAUUUGCUGACGUAGCUCAACCUGAUCAAGGACGUAUUGUUUCACUUAAUGCUCAGCAUUUCCUUAAAAAUGGUGGCCAUUUUGUUAUUUCGAUUAAAGCUUCUUGUAUUGAUUCAACAGCUCAGCCGGAAGCAGUAUUCGCUGCGGAAGUUAAAAAAAUGCAAGCCGACAAAUUAAAGCCUCAGGAGCAAAUUACUUUGGAACCAUACGAACGUGAUCAUGCAGUGGUAGUUGGCAUAUAUAGGCCGCCACCUAAAAAUAUAGGUUCAUAGAAUGAUGCCGGUAUCGAAGACGCAAAUCGAAGAACUAAAAUUUUGUUUUUAGUUAACUUAUAAGUAUAUAGUGUAAGCUUUUUUUUUAGUAAAAACAGAAAAUAAAGUCCUUUUUAAGCGGAUUAAAACGAUA